AUGGCAUCCGAGACUGGUACAAGUAUCGUGUCAAACGAACGGUGUGAUGUAAAUAAUACGAUUCAGCAGAUAUUCGAGCCAUUACAAACGGAAACAACCAAUGUGAAAGUAUCGAGAACAACGUGGAAUAGUGUUAUUAAAGAGACAAACGAAUUUUCGGACAAUUUCGCUUUACAUUCAAUUAGGACGCCCACGAUUUUCUCUACAGCGUCAUCAUUUAAUACAAACACGGAAGAGGACGAAUUACGAAGGAACGUGAAUUUCAUGAGCUCUUCUGGUGAUGUGGAGGAACGUAUUAGUUUUAAAAUUGCCGUCAAUACUGAAUUACGUACAUCAUCUUUGGAAUCGCGCAGCAUGUCCAACCAAAGGAAUGAUCUGGAUACUGUUGCCUGUAUUUCUGAACAACCAGACGGUUGAUUUAGCAUGUAAAGAUACAACAGUAUCUAGUGGAAUACACACAUUGUCAACAAAACUAGAAGGAUGUGUAAAUUUUGAACAUGGUAACACACCUCAGUUAGGAGAAAGCCCUCAAAGUAAUGGCGAAGUGAUUAGUAGUCCAAGAAGUCCAGAUUAUCCUCCAAGAGUUUCUGAUGGGCCAAAUAGUCCAAAUAUAACACUUCCUAGUAGUAUGACAUCGCCAAUUAUGACUUCGACUAUUGUGAUGGAUACAGCAAAAUAUGAUGCAGAAAAUACAAAUAAUUUAACUGCUAAAGUUUGUAAAAAUCUUUCUUACUCAUUUUGUGGACAAUUGGAAAAAAUCGAAGAAGUUCCUGUUAUGCAAAUAAAAUCUAUCAAAGAAGAAAAAAUAGAUAAUAAAAUGGACACAAUUCACAGGGAUGUCAAAUCAGAACUUGUCGAAGUAAAAACAGAAGUAACAAAUUCUCAAGAACAAUUAGGCAUAAUUAAAUCAGAUUGGGCCAGUGAUAGUACAACCACGACAAUAGUUGGAAGAACAGAUGCCGUAUUAUCUCAAGAUAAAUCAAUAAAUUGUAUUGGUACUACAUCUUCAAGUUCCCAUUCUAAAUCAUACUCAUCUUCAAGAGAAAAACGAAGUAAAGAACAUAAUGAACGACGUUAUUGCUCACGAUGUUAUAAACGUAGUAAAAUAAAACGAGCAAGUAUUGGUGUACAAUGUAAACGAGAUCGUAGUAUAGUUCCAUUAAACAGUAAGCCAAUGUCUCAUCCAUUUUCAAAAUCAACAAAUGAAAAUCUCAGGUUAAAUUUACAAACAAAGAAUUAUAAAAUGCUUCACAAUACACCAGUUAAAAGUGAAUUAUUAGAUGGCCUAAAGUACAAGAAAUUCAUUCACAUAGAAACUUAUCCUAAUGGUGGUGCAACUGUUGUACAUAUGUAUCAAGAUGAAAUUGAUACAUUAUCUCAUGAACAAAUAGAGGAAUUAGCUCAAGAAUAUUUCAAAGUAGUUUUUGGAGAAGAUGAAAAUGGUAAUGCGUAUCAUGUUAUGGGAAUAGUGCAUAAUGCUGCAGCAUAUCUUCCUGAUCUUUUGGAUUACAUGGCAGAUAAUUAUCCUACAUUGACUGUUAAAAAUGGUGUAUUAGGAAGAAGCAGUGAUAUAGAAACUACAAUUAUGGCACAGUACAAAGAACAAGUGUGUAAAGCUUAUAGUAAUGGUACUGUUAGAUACGGCCCUCUCCACCAAAUAAGUCUUGUAGGGACUGUUCAUGAAGAAGUUGGUGGAUAUUUCCCAGAUCUUUUACAGAAAUUAGAAGAAAAUCCAUUUUUAAAAUUAACUAUGCCUUGGGGUCCAUUAUCUGUUGUAAAGAUGGAUACUCCUCAAGAAUCAAACGAUGGUCCAAUUUUAUGGAUUAGACCAGGUGAACAAUUGGUUCCAACAGCCGAUAUAAAUAAAAGUCCUUAUAAACGGCGCAGAACGGGCAUUAACGAGUUACGGAAUCUACAGUAUUUGCCACGUCUUAGUGAAGCUCGUGAAUAUAUGUUUGAAGACCGUACUAAAGCUCACGCCGAUCAUGUUGGUCAUGGAUUAGAUAGGAUGACAACAGCAGCAGUUGGUAUAUUGAAAGCUGUUCACGGUGGACAGACAUCUGAAUAUAACAGAAUUACGAAAGAUGUUGUAGCUUUCUAUGCUGGCGAUUUUCCUGAACUAGUCGAAAAAUUACAAUUAGAUCUUCAUGAACCACCAAUUUCACAAUGUGUACAAUGGGUUGAAGACGCCAAAUUAAAUCAGUUACGUAGACAGGGUAUUCGUUAUGCUAGAAUAAAUUUAUAUGAUAAUGAUAUUUACUUUUUACCGCGUAAUAUAAUUCAUCAAUUUAGAACGGUUUCCGCAGUUUCAAGUAUAGCAUGGCAUGUCAGAUUAAAACAGUAUUAUCAAGAAUCGCAGCACAAUUCAAGUGUUAGACGUGUUGGAAACGAGCAUCGCAUAAAAGAAAAGAAAUCAUUGGAAACUGUGAUUAUAGGAGAUGAACAAAAAGAAAAUACAAAUCGUCAACGUAUAGAACAAAAACAUUCUGUUGAUUCGCUUGAAGAGAAAAAAGCAAAAGAAAGAGCUGCUGAAUAUCAAGGAAAUUUAAAGAAGUCAGAUCAUCAUGGAAAACGUAAAGAGGAACGUAAAAACAGAGAUCAUUCAAGACAUUCUUCCAUUUCAAGUAAAAGGAAAGAUUCUAUAGAGAAUAAUGAUAACUGUUCAGAUCUUUUUAAUAAUAAAUCUACAAAAACUAGUACAAUAGAACAAAAACAAAAUAAUGAAAAGAGAGACGAUAAGAGAUCUGAAAGGAGACACGAAGAACAUCGUCGAUCAAAUGAAAAAUCCAGUCAUCAUUCACACAGUAGCAGCAGCAGCAGUAGUAGCAGCAGCAGUUGUAGUAGUAAUAGUAGUCAUAAAUUAGAUCAUAAUCGAAGUCAUCAUAGUCGGUCCAGCACCACUUUGAGAAAAGAAAAAAUUUCAAAUGUCACAGAAUCUAAAUCGACGAGUAAAUUCAAUCCUUCGGGAUCUUCAUCGAAAGAAAAUAAAAGACGAUGUGCGUCAGAAGUUUGUUUAGAACAUGAAAAUUCUGAUUGCAAUGCUGUUAUUCUUGAACAAAGUGUAUUAACGCAAAGACAAUUGGUAGCGAAAACUUAUGCAACCGAAGUUGUUGACAAAGCUUUAGAAAUUGCAAUAUAUAAAUCAAAGACUGACGUAGAAGAAGUCUGUCAAUCUUUACGAACCGGCGUUGCAGAAGCUUCUAAAGAAAUUUUAGAAAAAAUUCAUAAAGAAAGUAUUGAAAUUGCUGAACUGAAGUACAAAGAUGAUAAAACAAAACUAGAACGAUAUUGUCAAUUAUUGGAAAUAGAAACUACAUUGGCAUUCACAUCGAAGAUGGAAUGUGCAACUGAAAAUGCAGUGAAAGCAUUAAUUGAAAUGGCUGAGGAUGAAGCAAAAGAAAGAUCAAAAAGUGAAAAAGUUUGUAUGUUAACUAGCGAUAACACGUGUGAACGAAAUUCACUACCAACGUCAAAAAUUACUAAUACCUCUUCUUCAAUAGUCUCUACACCUCCUUUAGCAGAAACCGAGAGGCACAAUAGUAGAAACGGUAGCGGCGAUGAAAAUUCAUCUAAAUUAACAUCCGAUGUACAUACAGUAUAUACAGAACCUAGACGGAAACAUAGAGAUGAUAAAAGUUCUAGAAAUCAGCGACAUAAAGACAGAAGAGAUCGAGACAGGCGUGAUAGAGAACACAAGAGACAUCAUCAUCGAAGUCCUUCGUAUAAUAAAUCUGAGAAUAAAACAGGAGAAACUAAUAAUAAAGAAGAUUCAUUGAAGAUUAUCUCACUGCCCAAAGAUUGUAACAUUUCUAAUAAAAGCACCGAUCGCACAGAUAAAGAUGGUGAUAGGAAAUUAGAAAAAAGAAGAGAUGGACAUCACAGUCAUGGAAAGGAUGGACAAAGAAAGUUAUCUAGCAAUCGUUCAUCGAAAGAUGAUACAGUGUCAAGUCGUUCUCAUUCAUCAAGUUCAAAUCAUAAAAGAAAGUCGAGUUCAUCUGAAGAGCAUAAGGAGUCAAAAAAGACGUGUAUCGAUAAGGAUAUAGUCACAACAACAACAGCAACAACCACAGAAGAAAAUACUCUCGAUACAACUUUAACUCUAAUAACAGUAACAACAGUGGCUCAGUCAACAACAACAAAUACUGUUGUAUCUACGUGAAAAGGUGAAAAUUAUCUUAAGCUGUAGUACAAUCUGCUUAUUAGACAUGAAAGUCCGCACAAUCGAGCACAUAUGCCGAUAAUCUUACGUGUGGACUCUAACUGAUUUGGAUAUAGUAAAUUUACAUUGUAUGUUUGAAUUUACAGAAAUAUGAGACGCAUACCAAAAUACCAAGUAUCAGAAAAAUAUAUCAGACGUCUUCAAAAUAGAAAUAAUUGCCACAUUUUAUGCAAAGUUCAGUUAGUACUAUUACUAAUGCAGAACUUGCUACAUUAUCAUUUCCAUACAAUUCUAUAUGCCUUAGUCUUAGGAAGAAAAUUGAAACUGUAAAAGUAGUAUUAUUGUGUAAAGGUACUUUCUAAUAUUAAUAUUGCAAAAAUUAUUUUGCUAUAAAAUCCCUAAGCGUCUCAUAUACUGUUAAGAAUGGAAAAAAGAUUAAAUAAAUAUUUAUAGACUAGGUGACCAAUACGAUAUAUGUACAAACGAAAUUUGUACAAACUUGUGAUUAGACAUUCAAUCGUCAUUAGUGCUGUACAUUGUAUAUAGAUUAAUACAUCGCUCUAUUCGAAUUUGUGCAGCAAAUCUAACUGUAUACAUAUGUACAUAUAUAAAUGUAUGUACGUAUGUGUGUGACCGUAUGACUGUGUGCAUACGUAUGAUUUUAUACAUGUAUAUGCACAUAUUGCGUAUUCGCGUAUAUGCAUGCACAUAUGUACGUGUGCGCAUGAGUUUUGUGUGUGUGGGUGUGUGGGUGUGUGUAUUGUGCGUGGUGCGUGCGCAUGCUGUGUGUGUACGUAUGUAUUUGUAUAUAUGAAUAUUUGGAAGAUAGAAAUAUAAGUUAUUUAUGGUUAAAUUGAACAUUCUCCACAAGUUAAAGGUUUUGAUUUACUUCAAAAUUUCACUUCCUUUGUUUAAACAAAUAAAUUAAAGAAUGGAACUUGAUAGUCGGUCUAACAGAAAAUUAUUUUGACACUUAAACUACUUAAAAUUCAUUUUAAUGAUAAAAAGAGAAACUAUAUCUUAUGUAGUAGUUAUUAAAUGAAAAAAAAUAUUAUAACGUUCUACCAAAAGUUGUACAUUAAUAGAAUUACACGCGUAUUUUUAUUUCUCCUAUAAAAAAAGUCUAAUUAUCGUAAUGUAUUUUUGACGAAACUAUGUUAAGUGCUAGCUUUUUAUAUUUAAAAUAAUUUUAUUUAUGCGACGAACUCGACGAAGAUGGGCUUCGAUAACAAACUCGAUGUAUAUGUAUAUUUAAUCUUGUGUCAUAUACAUACGAUUAAUAUUUAGUUUGAUUAGUAAAUUAAUACAGCGAAUUGUUGCAACAAAUCAUAAUACUUUCUGCACUCUGUUAGAUGUAUAAAAAAAAAGAAACUUGCCUUUCUGGUAAAAUGAAAGUGCCGGUAAGUGACCGUGUAGAUUUGUGCAUAUAAAACAUUAUUUAACAGUAGAAACUGUUGUAAAAAAUCAAUAUUCGUGCAAGUUAAUAUAUUCUGUUCUAUAAAAAUUAUAAUUGGCCUAUUUAACUUUAUUUAUAUAUAAAAUUAAACACUAUAAUACUAAUUCUCGGAAAUUUCAAUUUAUUACUAUUAGCAACGGUAAAACAGUAGAAAACAAAAUAUUCGUAUGAUUUGUACGAUUUUUUUAGACGAAGAAAUUCUUUUCAUUAAAGUAAUAAAUUUUUUACAAAAUUGCAUUUUACUUCAAGCAAAGUUUUAUAAUAAUUAUCGCUAUAAGUACAACGUCUGCUAUCACGUAUUUUCUGUUUUAUUCUUUCUUUUAUUUCAUUUACAUUUGAAUUUGUUUUAUGUUUCGAGAAAAAAUUCGUACUAAUCGUUGAAUAUUGUAGAAUUUUCGAUCAUGGCUUCCAUUUGCAAACUUUGUUUCCCAAUAAAAAAUAAAAAAAAAAAAA